AACUGCCUGGAAGAAAAUUGACACGAAAAUCUACCGGAAUAUCCUUAGCGCCUGGUAUCUUGUAGUUCCAAGUUCGAUUCGUCAACAGUUUCCCAUUGCUGCAAUCAAAUAUCAACUCUUCGGUUAAGUAAUAGCCAAGCCCCAUUACUACGGCACCUUCGACCUGGCCAAUGUCUAUUCCAGGGCUCAUGCUUUCUCCUGUAUCCUGUUGAAUGUCCAUCCUCCAGAUAAGAAGGUUGCCAAAGGAACUUCGCUCCUGUACGGCAUGCGGUGAGCCAAUCUCAGACAAGUACCUGCUAGACGUCGGUGGAUGUUCCUGGCACUCCGCUUGUCUUAGGUGCUGUAUAUGCCACACCCCGCUCGAUCACCAGCCGUCCUGCUUUCUGAAGAACCGUCAGAUCUACUGCAAACCUGACUAUGCAAAAACAUUUGGAGCUAAAUGCGCACGAUGUAACCAAAUUAUAGCCGCUACUGACUGGGUUCGUCGGGCGCGGAAACUAGUCUUCCAUCUUGCUUGCUUUACCUGUGAUAGUUGUAAGCGCCAGUUGUCCACUGGGGAACAAUUUGGUCUUGUCGAUGAACAAGUACUCUGCAUAACGCAUUAUUUAGAGAUCAGAGGGCUCGAAUGUGGAACCUCCAGUGACGAUGGAUUUGAAGCUGACGAUAGCCAGAAAUGCAAUAAAACCAAACGAGUCCGGACCACCUUCACGGAAGAGCAGUUGCAAAUUUUACAAGCCAACUUCAUCAUCGACAGUAAUCCGGAUGGACAGGAUCUCGAGCGAAUUGCAUCUGUGGCCGGCCUCAGCAAGCGGGUCACUCAGGUGUGGUUCCAAAAUACACGUGCUCGCCAAAAGAAGUUCGUUCAUGCACUUCCUAGGGAUGGCGAUUUGAAUCCAUUUGGCAGACACAUCAACCUUCAGUUAUCGUACCUGUUUCAACAUAACCCGAUCCACUUGCCACAUGUCGGACAAACAGGCAAUAGAAACCACACUGCCGGUAAUAUGGGCCCUAGUUUUAAUAACAAUAACACAAUCAACCCGUCAAAGUCCUCGCCUUACCGUAGACAUAAUUCUUUAGAUGAGUUGUCAGAAGAUUAAGCUGCCCAUUGCAUGCAGAGCGAGAUGUGAAUAAAAUUAUUUAUGAUAAUGUAGGAAUAACACAAAAUUGUUCAUUGUAUAUA